GAUGAAUUAUUUUUGUGAUCCAAAUUAUAGAAAGACCCGUUUACUAUUUCUAACAGCUGCAUUAGCUAUUUCUCCUUAUAACUUUAUGUCUUUUUGUUGAAAUUCCAUGACAGGCACACUGUAUAUACUUAAAGACUUCCCUUAUUAAGGAUGGCCUACACAUUGAAAGAAGAACAUGUCUGGAUCGGGGUUGUCCGCAGGAUAAUGACAUUUGGCUUUGCCUGCUUGGUGUUGACUGGUGUGACUUGGGCUUUUGCCGACAGCAUUCCUUUAGUCACAGAUGAGUAUCGUAUCUUGGCCUUUGGCAUUUACGGAGCGUUUCUUACUGUCCAUCUCGUGAUUCAGAGCUUAUUUGCCUUCUUGGAACACAGGAAGAUGAAGAUAAGUGAUCAUAUCUGCACUUACACCAAAACGGUGGCCCUAACCAUAUCGGCCUAUCAGGAAGACCCAGAGUAUCUACGGGAAUGUCUGGUGUCUGUCAAAAAUAUUCACUAUCCGCCUGACAAGUUGAAGGUUAUCAUGGUCAUUGAUGGUAACAGUCCUGAGGACCAGUACAUGAUGGACAUGUUUAAGGAAGUCUUUGCAGGGGAGGACGUGGGCACAUUCUGCUGGGAGAACAAUUAUCAUUCUUGGAAACCAGAAAAUACGGCAAAGAGCCCCGACGCUGCCCAACAGGUCGAAAAUGAUACCCUAAUAAGAAGAAAUCAGGAACAGUCUGAUGAUCUGCCGGAGAGCACUGUCAAUGCAAACUAUGAAAUCGAGGUUGAAGAUCCCAUGCUUGGUGAGGUGAAGCAUCUGAUCAAAUCCAAACGAUGUGUGUGCCUUAUGCAGAAAUGGGGUGGAAAGAGAGAAGUCAUGUACACAGCAUUUAAAGCCCUCGGGGAAUCCGUGGAUUAUGUUCAGGUUUGUGACUCGGACACAAAGCUUGAUCCACUGGCGACACUUGAACUCGUUAAAGUGCUGGAAUCGAAUGAUCGUUAUGGGGCAGUGGGAGGUGACGUGAGGAUCUUGAAUCUUAACGAUUCCUACAUCAGUUUCAUGAGCAGCCUUAGAUACUGGAUCGCCUUUAAUAUAGAGAGAGCCUGUCAGUCCUACUUUGACUGUGUUUCUUGUAUCAGUGGACCACUUGGUCUUUAUCGAAAUGACCUUCUCCAAACAUUUCUGGAGUCGUGGUACAAUCAGAAAUUUUUGGGGACUCACUGUACUUUCGGAGAUGACCGUCACCUAACUAAUCGAAUGUUAAGCAUUGGUUAUGCAACUAAGUAUACUGCACGCUCAAAAUGCUAUUCAGAAACGCCUGCACAGUUCUUGCGCUGGUUAAAUCAACAGACCCGUUGGACAAAGUCUUACUUCCGAGAAUGGCUCUAUAAUUCCUUGUGGUGGCACAAGCACCACCUCUGGAUGACCUACGAGUCAGUAAUUGCAGGCAUUUUCCCAUUUUUUGUCACAGCCACUGUGGUGAGGCUGUUCUUCAGCUGUCAUCUGUGGGACAUAGUGUGGGUUCUAAUCUGUGUCCAGCUCAUUGCAACCGUCAAAGCCCUUUAUGCCUGUCUGCUCAGAGGCAACCCAAUUAUGAUAUUCAUGUCUCUAUAUGCAAUCUUGUACAUGGGUGGGCUCCUACCCUCAAAGUACUUUGCCCUAAUUACCAUGAACAAGAGCAGCUGGGGCACCUCAGGAAGGAAGAAAGUUGUUGGAAAUUACAUACCCCUCCUUCCGUUAUCUAUUUGGGGGGCUAUCCUCUUAGCAGGGACUCUUUACACAAUUGUUAUGAUGUCUCUAUGCACUUCUUGUAGACUUAUCGAGGCAGAGAAAACAUACCUGAUCUAUGGCUCGGCUUUCUACCUCGCCUAUUGGGCAUUGAUGUUCUGUCUCUAUUGGUUGUGGGUCAAACGCAUCUGUAGGAAGAGGACUGAUACUUAUGACCUUAAGGGAUAUACAUAAACUUAGAACAACAAUGCUAAAUUCUA